GAGUGAGCAGUGAGAACUAGCGUGUGCGCGCAAGCCACUGACACGCACGGAGAGAGAGAGAACCGGGCACGAGUGCUGCUUUUCUUCUAACCAGCGUCCGUUCAACUCACUUCGAGCACUGGCCGCUGUCCAUCAGGACCUGCUGAAAAUGUUUCGGACCGUCCUCCUUUUCCUCGGAUUGCUCGUCGGUGGCAGUCAAGGUGUCCUUCAGGUGUCAAUCUCUCUAAAAAAGGUGGAGCUGAGCGUUGGAGAGUCCAAGUUCUUCACAUGCACAGUGAUUGGGGAGCCUGUGAGUCUGGACUGGUAUAACCCACUGGGGGAGCGGAUGGUCCCAUCUCAGCGGGUGGCCCUGCACAAUGAAGGUGUUCGCUCCAGACUCACCCUCUAUAAUGCCAAAAUAGAAGAUGCUGGCAUCUACCGUUGCCAGGCCAGCGACGCACAGGGACAAACACAGGAGGCCACUGUCGUGCUGGAGAUCUACCAGAAGCUGACGUUCAGGGACGUGAAGUCUCCUCAGGAGUUUCGACAGGAUGAUGUUGCUGAAGUGAUCUGUGAUGUCACCAGCUCUCCCGUGCCUGUAGUCGCCUGGUUUUUCAACAACCUGGAAAUUACUGAAGAUAGUGAGAAGUUUCAGCUUCUACAAAACAACAAUUUGCAAAUCCAGAGAGUGACUAAAGCAGAUGAAGGAGUGUAUCGCUGUGAAGCCAGAGUCGAGGCCAGGGGAGAGAUUGACUUCCGGGACAUCAUCUUAGUGGUUAACGUUCCACCAGUGGUGUCUGUGCCACAGCAGUCCUUCAACGCAACUGCUGACUAUGGAGAAUCAUUGACCUUUACCUGCCGGGCCUACGGCUCACCUGAACCCAAUAUUACCUGGCACAGGAAGGGAGUGCAGCUUCGGGAGUCAGAGCGGUACGUAACGAGAGCCCGGGGUACGACGCUCACAGUUCGAAACAUUCAGCAGGACGACGGAGGCUCCUACACUUGCAAGGCCUCUAACAAGGCGGGAGAAGUUGAGAAUGAACUCUUCCUUAAAGUUUUUGUCCAGCCUCACAUUACUAAACUAAGGAACAUAACCGCUGUGGAAGGAAGCGCUGCUAUGAUCUCCUGCAAGGCUGAAGGUGAACCUUUACCAGAAAUCUCCUGGAGGAGAGCAAUUGAUGGGCACAGCUUUUCAGAUGGAGACAAGAGUACAGAUGGCCGUGUGGAGGUGCGAGGGCGUUAUGGCGAAUCGAUGCUGACUAUAGUCAGAGUCAGGCUAUCCGACUAUGGACGCUUUGACUGUGAGGCUCUCAGCAGGAUCGGAGGACAUCAGAAGAGCAUGUUCCUGGAUAUCGAGUAUGCACCGAAGUUCCAGACCAACCACACAAUAUUUUUCUCAUGGGAGGGGAACCCAGUCAACAUCAGCUGUGAUGUUAUAUCUAACCCUCUAGCCACAAUGCUGUGGAGACGAGACAAGCUGACCAUCCCCAGUGAGGGCGCUGGAAAUAUGCGUGUACACAGUAUGCCUGGGAGAUCGCUGCUUGAGGUCACCCCCAUGUCAGACAGAGAUUUUGGCCGUUAUAACUGUACAGCCAGGAACAACAUCGGGAUGCGCUUCCAAGAGUUCAUCCUGGCACUGGCAGAUGUUCCCUCAAACCCCUACUCUGUGCGUCUGAGCUCCGUGGCCCAGCGCGUAGCUACGGUUACCUUCACAAAGCCGGACUCCCACGGUGGCGUACCCAUCAGUCACUACCUUGUCAAAUACAAAGACAUCAGCUCACAGGACUGGAAAGAUGUGAAAUCACAGGGGAUACAGACAAUUGUGUUGCUCACUAACCUUGAGCCCAACACGACCUACGAAGUGCGAGUAGCUGCGGUGAACGGAAAAGGUCAAGGGGAAUUCAGUCGCAUAGAGAGCUUUCAAACUCUGCCCAUACGAGAGCCUAGUCCCCCGUCGGUUCAGGGGCAGCGAGGGGUGGGGAAGGCUUACCGACUGGGUCUGGUCAAGCAGGAUGAUGGAGGAAUGCCCAUCCUGGAAUACAUUGUCAAAUACAAAACAGAUAAGGAAGAACAGUGGAUGACAAAACUGGUUCCAGGUGUGAAUGAUUUUGUGCUGCUACAGCCGCUUCAGUGGAAUACGCAGUACGAAGUGGAAAUCACCGCCCGUAACGUCAAAGGCCUGUCUGAACCCACGUUUGUGAAGUUCUCCAUGCCGCAGAAGCCCGAUAUCACAGAUCAGUGUUGCGAGCCCCCUCCAACUGGAUGUGGACAUCGUACCGUGCAGCCCAUCCAUACAGGGACUGUCUUCGGAGCUGCUCUGUCACUGUUGCUGUGCUUGUGUCUGUGUUGACAUUAUUCCAUCUUCACUUUGCCUGGAAUGAGCCCAAAAGACUGAGCCAGGAACUUCCCCCUGUUCCUGUUUUCCCCACCAGUGGGCUUCAUGCAGUGGGUGCAGCUCUUUGACAUACCAGUUCAUUGUCCCACUCUGACGGUGUUCCUGAAAUCCAUGUGACAGUAACCGAGCCCCUGUGCUUCUGAGCUGAUCUCUCCUGUUUCACUAUGUGACAUCAUAUCCAGCUCUCCUCCAUGCAAAAACUAGCCUGCUUUUUUGUCCAAAAGAUUUUGCACAUUUUUUAAAAGAAAAAAGGGGUCUCUUUUCACUAAUAACUGCUUUCAAGCGUUCUUACGUAUGUGCACAGAAAUUUCAGCCAAUUUUAGCCAGAUAUACAACAGGUUCAAACACACAUACAUUUGUUCUUACCCUCAUUCCAAUGUUAAUGAAUCUUUGGUAUUCUAAAUUAGGAAGAGUGUGUUUGCAGUUGGAAAUUAUCAUAAUACAUGUCCAAACCAUCUCCACAUAAGGGCUUUCCACACAACCUCACCUGGACAGUCACUUUUCUUCACGCACUCUAAAGAUGCAUUUCUCCCACUUUAUAUAAGGUGUCUUUAACUAAUAUGCACUAACAUUAAAAUACAUACAACACAGUGAACGUAUUGUGUAACUACAUGUUGUUCUGCAAAAUUCUCACAAGAUUCACAUUUGCUGCUUCUGAUGUUGAGGUAUGGGUAGGUUUUGGGGUGGGGUAAGGAUUUAGAUUAGAGUUAGGUUUUAGGGUACAGAUUAGGGUAGGGUUAGGUUCAGGGGUAAGGGUAACAGUUUAACAGUAAAUACAGAUGUAAUUAAAUGCAGGUACUUUAAAUUUAAGUACAGUACAUUGCAACAAUGCAUACAGUGUGUAAAUAAUAAGCAUACUGCAUCAAAUGCUUAAGUACAUAGUAGUAUUAAAGACACCUAAUAUAAAGUGGGUCUAAUGCACUUUUGCCUAAGAACAUGCAUUAGUAGACCCACAAUUUUAUGCUUAACGAGCUCCUUUUGCUGGUGUGUACAAAGACACAGUAAACCACCAUUGUGAUGGGAUUUUCUGUCUUCUGUGUAUCCACAGGCUCUUUUGUUUUGGUCUAUUAUGACUAUGGGAAAUGUCAGGCAUCGCUUGAGAGAAUGCUUUUAAUGAUGUUGCUUAUACGUGCACAAAGAGAUAUACGACACAGCACUCAUUAAAUAGAGUCAAGUAGGAUUUCAAAUUGAUGUGACUUUUAAACACUGGUAUCAUAAAUCAAAUGGUAAUUCUGUACUUCCUGUUGCUUGUUAUGUGAGAAAAAUAAAACAUGGUUUCUCCCUCCCACGGAAUGAAAAUAUAAUGCACAUUAAUUUUCAUUCAUUGGGUCCACCUCUGGCAUAGGACUCUUCACUUUAUUGUAUUUGCAGUAUUGAUGAGAGAAAACUGUAUCCAUCCACAGUUUGUAAAGAAGAAUGUUUGUGUAGAUUUUUGUUGAAUGUUGCUGCCAAGAAGGAGGUGUUGUUUAUGAAUACAGUGAAUUAAGCUAACAGUCAUUUGUAAUAUGUGUCAUUGUACAGGACUAAAAUCUCCUGAAUUGUAUUUUAACCUGUAAGGUAGUGAGCAUGGACACACUUCUGUGUUUUACAGAAUGCUACAGUAUUAAAAUCUGACAAUGCAAAUUUCAUGAAGAUACAUUUUAAAUUAUGUAGUCUGAUUUUUCCUCAACCUGCUCCUGGAGGCGCCCCAACACUGCACAUUUUGGAUGUUUCCCUAAUCAGUCACACCUAUUUACACACAUACUGUAAAUGACCAAGCAAAGUCAUAUCAACCUGUGGAAAACUUUACCCAAGUUGCCAAGUUGUGCCGUUGGACUGGGUGUGACCAACAUUAAAGAUAGCGGAAAGCAAUUCUGCAGUGUAUGGUAGUGCAUGAUUUUACAAACAGAUUUAAAUUUCAAUGCUGUAUUUCAAUAAUAUUAAGGUAUUGUAUACUACUAAUUAUAGUUUUAAAGUUUACUGAGUAAUCUGAACUUUAAAUAUAGUGUAUAAAAGUAUAUAGAACGACAUAUUAACGAUAUAUUAGUCUUACUUCUUCUUAUGCUUGGAAAUUUCAUUAAGCACAUCCCUGUCAACUGUUAUUCACACAAAAUACCA